CGUGGCCCCUUAUCGACUGAUGAGUGCACGUUCCAGCAAUCAUGAGACUCGCCAACGGUAGACCCUGACUCGUGGAUUGCCAAGCGGCCCUGUCGAACCGCUAAAGGGACUUAGUUCUUGACUCUUCGUCAGCUCAGACAUGAUCAUCGCUGCAAUAUCCCCUUCGAAAUAGCCGAGCUCUCGUCAGCGUCGUCUCAAAGCCGGCGGGGUUCCUGCUCCUGACUCGAUUUCUCCGUGAAUAAGGAAUUGCUCUGGAGGGCCUGAGCCAAAGCUUGACCUCUGAUUCACGAGAAGAGAAUGAUCGGCAUCGGCCCAGGAACGGGAAACCACCGGGACGAAACAAUGACUCCAGAAUUAAUAUCGAAGAAAGCUGCCGUCUCUCAUCGUCGUGUUAAUCCUUGCAGCCACCUCAUAUGAGCUGGGGUUAUAGGGGCGGCCAUGGAUUCUCCGGUGGGAGGAGCUGCCCACGAGGUAUUUGGCAUACUCGAUGUCUAUAUAAGGCCGGCGACAAUAGUUGCGUUCCGUUGAGACCAAGCAGAGAGACACUUGCAAAGUAGCUUCUCACCAUGCCUGCUCUUCCCAUCCUCGCCCUUGCCCUCGCCCCGUUGCUGGUCAACGGCCAGCUCUCCGGUAGCGUCGGUCCGCUCACUUCGGCACACUCCAAGGCUGCGACCAAGACGUGUAACGUGCUGGACUAUGGUGCUGUGGCGGACAACUCCACCGACAUUGGGUCCGCCCUCUCAGAAGCCUGGGAUGCGUGCUCGGAUGGAGGUCUGAUCUAUAUUCCUCCUGGUGAUUAUGCGAUGGAUACCUGGGUGUCUCUGUCGGGAGGCAAGGCGACCGCCAUCAUAUUAGACGGCACUAUCUACCGCACUGGCACCGACGGAGGUAAUAUGAUUCUAGUGGAGAAUUCUUCCGACUUUGAGUUGUACAGCAACUCGUCCUCUGGUGCCGUCCAGGGAUUUGGAUAUGUGUACCAUCGGGAGGGUGAUCUUGAUGGGCCACGGAUUUUGCGACUCCAGGACGUGAGCAAUUUCGCGGUUCAUGAUAUUAUACUGGUGGACGCGCCGGCUUUCCACUUCGUCAUGGACGACUGCUCCGACGGAGAGGUGUACAACAUGGCCAUUCGCGGUGGUAACUCCGGCGGCUUGGAUGGGAUUGAUGUGUGGGGUAGCAACAUCUGGGUCCACGAUGUCGAGGUGACCAACAAGGAUGAAUGUGUCACGGUCAAGAGCCCUGCCAACAACAUCCUUGUGGAAAGUAUCUACUGCAACUGGAGUGGAGGUUGUGCGAUGGGAUCUCUCGGCGCGGACACCGAUAUCACUGAUAUUCUGUACCGCAACGUUUACACCUGGAGUUCCAACCAGAUGUACAUGAUCAAGAGCAACGGCGGCAGUGGGACAGUCAAUAACACCCUUCUGGAGAACUUCAUUGGACACGGCAACGCUUAUUCUCUGGACGUUGACAGCUACUGGAGCAGCAUGACAGCCGUGGAUGGCGACGGUGUGCAACUGAGCAACAUCACGUUCAAGAACUGGAAGGGAACGGAGGCGGAUGGCGCCGAACGCGGGCCCAUCAAGGUGGUAUGCUCAGACACGGCCCCUUGCACCGACAUCACCAUCGAGGAUUUUGCCAUGUGGACCGAAAGCGGCGAUGAGCAGACCUACACCUGCGAGUCGGCGUAUGGCGAUGGAUUUUGCCUUGAAGACAGCGAUUCCACCACCUCGUACACGACCACCCAGACUGUCACCACGGCGCCCUCAGGAUAUUCGGCAACCACAAUGGCAGCAGAUCUCACCACGGACUUUGGCACGACCGCGUCCAUUCCCAUCCCUACCAUCCCGACUUCCUUCUAUCCCGGCUUGACGGCGAUCAGUCCGUUGGCAUCGGCUGCCACCACGGCUUGAAAUCGAGUAUGAUUCAGUCCGUGCCCAUGUUUGACAAAGUAUCCAAAUAGGUACUGGACUGGUUCGUACCUUUUGUAGAUAGUCAAUUAGUAAGUAAAUGAAUAAUUAGUAACAUUUAA